AGCAACAGGAUAAGUUCGUCAACAUUUCGGUGCACCGAACGAAGGAGGAUGUUGUGGGUCCAUGAAGAAAAGGACCAUCGUUGGGGGCUACGCCUUCACGUGGUGGUUCGUCACCGAUGUUCAGCGAUUGUCCCUCGAAGUGAUGACGCUGAACCCUGUCUGCGAGAGCGUGGAAACCGCGCAGGGUGUACCAUUGACCGUCACCGGGGUGGCACAGUGCAAGAUCAUGAAAGCGGACGAGCUUUUGCACACUGCCAGCGAACAGUUUCUAGGGAAAAGCGCUUACGAAAUCAAAACGACCAUCCUUUCUACAUUAGAGGGUCAUCUUCGUGCAAUAUUAGGCACGCUGUCGGUGGAGGAGAUCUACAAAGAUCGAGAUCAGUUCGCGACACUGGUGAGGGAGGUAGCCGCGCCAGACGUUGGUCGCAUGGGCAUCGAGAUCCUGUCGUUUACGAUAAAGGACGUCUACGACAACGUUCAAUACUUGGCGUCGCUUGGCAAAGCACAAACUGCGGUUGUUAAACGGGACGCCGAUGUUGGCGUCGCCGAGGCGAACCGCGAUGCCGGCAUACGGGAAGCAGAGUGUGAAAAAGCAGCAAUGGACAUAAAAUACAACACCGACACAAAGAUCGAAGACAACGCUAGACUGUUCCAACUCCAGAAAGCAAAUUUCGAUCAGGAAGUGAACACAGCUAAAGCAGAGGCACAGUUGGCCUACGAACUUCAAGCAGCAAAGAUAAGGCAACGGAUACGAAACGAAGAGAUUCAGAUAGAGGUGGUGGAGAGGCGCAAACAGAUCGAGGUGGAGGAACAGGAAGUCCGUCGAAAGGAACACGAGCUCCAUAGUACCGUGCGACUACCCGCAGAAGCUGAACAUUACAAAAUUGGCAGAGUGGCCGAAGGAAAGAGGACGCAAACCGUGAACGCGGCCAAAGCCGAAGCUGAAAGGAUUCGAUUGAUCGGAGUAGCCGAGGCUCAAGCUCUAGAGGCAGUUGGAGUGUCGGAAGCUGAACGUAUGCAGAUGAAAGCGGUCGUCUACAAGAAGUACGGCGAGGCUGCCAUUCUGAACAUCGCUCUGAACGCGCUGCCAAAGGUAAGAGCCGCGCCGUUGGCGAGAACGGAGGAAAUUGUCCUGUUAGGUGGAAACGACGCAACCAGCGGAGAAAUUACGCGCCUUGUGGGGCAAGUACCUCCAGCUGUUCAAGCACUGACCGGUGUAGAUCUUUCAAAAGUGUUAGGCAAGAUACCAGGAGCAAAGUAAUAGCGGACAGAGCAGCAAUUGAUAAGAACGGCGACCAGGCGAUCGGACACUCAGAAUCAGCUAAAGAAAGGAGCAAACAUUAUAUUGCCAAAGGUUUCUCUGCUACUCUAUCAUUCACCAGUGACACUCCACUUUGUUCUGUUUCCCGAAUUACUCUACCUCAAACGUAGAUGAAGAAACGACGCUGAACACAACCGGUCACAGAUCGGUCACGCCUCCGCCACGAGUGCGUUGAUCAAAAGAAUCGAUCUCUGAUAAACGUCAAACCCGACGGCUCGUCCCUCGCGUUACACCACACGGAUCACGUACAACGCACAUAAACUAUCUAAACUUCAUCGUUACUCGCGCACGCAAAUUAUUUCCCCGUGCAACGACUCGAUUCGAAGGUUUCUUGGAUCCUAACCUUCUUGAAUCUUUUUUAGCGAUCGAACUUUCCGAUCGACGCAGUCCACAUGAGAUUAUAAUAUAUAAAGGAAGAAAAGAUGUGGAACAGAGAAAGAAACACGAAGAGAACGAAGCAGCAAAAAAUGAAAGAAGAAUUUGUAGAAGAAGUUAAUGGAAGAGAUAUUAUAACGCGAUAUCUAGAUGAAAAUCGAGUACGCAGUGUGAACAUAUUACCGGUAUUAAUUGCUCUUCUAUUGUGAUGGAAGACUAUCUCAAUCAUUGUGUUCAACUUCAUAAAUAAGGAACUUAACGAAAAGGGAGAGGAGAGAGGGUGAGACGUUCGUGCGGAGUAGGCGACGUAGAAGUCAACUGUCCGUAGUUGUUGUACAUACUCAUAGUAACGUGUGUAUCAUAGCAACUGAGGUUUCUACCUUGCUUAGAACGAGACACAUCGAAC